CGAGCCUUUCUCCAGCGGAGGCUCCUGUACCUGCACGCACAGGUCACAGCAGUGAAGUGGGCAGCUGAGCGGGACAGGUGCCGUUUAGGCUCAGUGUCAUUUUCUCCUUGAGCUCUUCUUUGUAUUCCCAUAAAAAAGACCAGCGUGACCACCUCAUUACCUCAGCAAUAAAAGAAUACAGCCUCCAGUGCAGUGUAAGCACUGUCAGUGUGCAGAGUCCAACGGCUCCACCGGCUCCGUUUGCGGGACAUGAUUGUCAAACCGUUCGGCUCCACGUUCAGACCAGAAGCCGCCUCUCAGGGACCAUGCCCUCGGGGAAGACGAUCAAGCUCGUCGCGUACGAGCUGCUGCAGUUUGCAGCUCUCAUCGUGCCCGUCUUCGUAACCAUGGAGAGGUUCGCCAGGCUCAUGAGUCACCUGAAAGGAGGGGAUCACACGGCUUACUGGCUGGUGGUGGCGGCCUCCAUCGCCUACAUGACCUCUGCCACCCUCCUGGUGUGGGCUCCUCUCAAAUAUCUGAUCCUGAGGCGACGGAGGUUCAUCACUGAGAUCACGCAGUGGAGGCCGACGGCGCUGGCUUAUCUCGUCUUGAGCACAUUACCGUGCUUCGGUGUUUUAAUAGCCAGCUCCAAGGUGCAGGUGGACAACGGACUGAAGUUCGACCAUUUCGUCGAGCUGCCUGUUUCCUUGGUGCUCGUCUCCCUCAUCUGUGUGGAUAUCGUCGAGAGGAUUCGCCUGUUCAGGCUCAGAGGAAAAUCAGACGGCCUGGAUUCUGACUUUGACUUUCCAGGCCCCCUCCUCACCCACCUGGAACAGGUGAGCACCAUAUCAAGCCAGCUGCACUCUGACGCAGGCCAGAACGGCCUGACCCAAGAGCCCAGGAUCGGCAGCAGCUUGGGCAGGUGGCAGGACCCUGCUGACUCCCCCAGGCAGCCUCCAGCCAGCCCACAAGCACACAGCACCACUUACCUGUACUCGUCGGUGUCACGCCGCUGGUCCUAUUCAGAUCACAAAGGCUUUCUGUGGAGGAGGGACGAAAGGUCAGAGGUGUUUGUGGAUACUUUCCUCUUCUGGUUAGACACUGUGGAGAUGCUGCGAGUGGCAGGAGAGCCGUCAGUCUUCUACUCCGUCUGGGUGUUUCCAGUCUACGUCUUCACCUUCCUGUCCACUCUCCGCGUUAUCAUCACUCCACACAGCCCCUUGUUGUCUUUUUUUGGAGUUGCUCUGCAGGACUUUCCCUUCUUUGUCCUUCGACUUGCUCUGGCUGCCACGUUUGGUUUUGUCACGCCUGUGUUGUACAUGGUGAAAAACAUAGUGGUUAGCGUGACUUUUAUCUAUUUUACAUUCCUGGCCCACCUGCGGAUAUUUGGGCUGCAGAGCUUGUUUUGAGGAGGAGUGGCACAUUGUGCUUUAGCCACUUGGACUGUGGACGGUUAAACAGCUGGUGAUCAUGUUCACAGAGCAGCACCAGACAAGGUUGGUACUGAUGAUUUAAAUUAUGGUCACCUGCUUUAUUUUAAAUUUUUCUCUCUGUACAUUAUUUAAAAUGCCACAAAGAGGAAUAAGAAUAAAUAUUUUAAGCCUGUUUCAACAUUAACUUUACAAAAUAAAAGUCUUUUAUUUUA